CAAAUGAAUUUUAUUUGACAGUUAAAUACCAUUCCAUGAUUUGAUUAAAGCCAUGGGCUUAAUAUUUUCUAAUUUUAUGUGUAAACUAUUCGGUAAAAAACAAAUCAGAAUUCUCAUGGUAGGUUUGGACGGUGCUGGCAAAACGACGAUUUUGUACAGAAUGAAGUUGGGCGAAGCUGUGCACACUAUACCAACAAUCGGUUUCAACGUUGAACAUGUUGAGUACAAGAAUCUUUGUUUCACUAUUUGGGAUGUUGGAGGUCAGGACAAAUUGCGGCGUCUGUGGAGGCAUUAUUUUCAGAAUUCGCAGGGAAUAAUUUACGUCGUUGAUUCAUGUGAUCGAGAUAGAAUAGACGAAACCGCAAGUGAAUUGAAGAAGAUGCUUUACGAGUACGAAUUGGAGAACGCCGUACUUUUGGUAAUUGCUAAUAAGCAGGACGUCCCAUUGGCAAUGUCUUUAGAUGAAAUUGCUGAUAAGCUCCAUCUUCAGGAUUUACGGAGUCGAAAGUGGCACAUUCAGGGAGCAUGCGGUACUAAAGGUUUUGGUUUAAAGGAAGGUUUUGAUUGGCUUACCGAGGAACUUGGCCAAGUAUAAAUCCAUCACGUCAUUCAUCGGGUGUUACAAUUUCAAUCAAAUAUAUUAUUUUUAAAUACAUUUUAUAAAAAUA